AUGCAAAAAAGAAAUCGGUCUCCCGAAGAAAAAGACUCAAGGAGUCAUCACGCCAAAAAGACACAGCGACGAGAGGCAAUUAUUAACAAACGCCGAGGAAUAAAUACUCCUGAACAAAAUACCUCAUCGAAUAUAGAGACAAACAACAGCUUUGCUUUGUUAGACGUGGAACUAGGAGAAGCUACAGUCAAGAGAACACCCAAACCACCACCAAUAAUUUUGUAUGGUGUUGAUGACCUUGCAAAACUCACCCAACUCAUCGAAGAAGUUAUUGAAAAGAAUGAUUACACCUAUAAAAUAGUAUCCAAAAACCAGCUUAUAAUCUCGUCUAACACGGUUGACAAAUAUAAGAUUCUGAUCGAGCACAUAAGAAGUAAAGGGCUUAUAGGUCACACAUUUACACGUAAAGACCAAAAAUGUAUGAGAAUUGUUAUUAAACAUCUUCACUUCAGCACACCUAAAGAUGCCAUUAUAGAAGCAGUAGAAAAAACUGGAAACAAAGUACAAGGAGAAAUAGUUACUGCCCGGAAACAAGGAACCAAAGAGCCCCUAAAUACAUUUUUAUGCGUAAAGUGUGCUGGGGCACAUAAAACUACUACGUGCACAAUAAAUGAUAACACUCCAGCAGUAUGCGCACUAUGCUCAGGAAGCCACCCUGCUAGCUACAAAGGAUGCCAGGUGUAUAGGGAAGUCCUAGCAAGAAAGAAAAUUGGAAACAAGUUUCAGCCAUAUCCAAAAUCAAAAACCACUCUAGAAGUGCGUACUAAGAACUCUGAAAAUAAUGAGCCCCCAAAUGACACGGAUGUGAUAGUCAUUGAGCCUGAUAAUCACUCCAAGACUACCCAACCGAAACAUCGGCUACCAAGCGUAAAAGAAUCCCUGGGACCCUAUAGUGAAGCUCCCAAAAAUUCAACCAAAACUGUAGCAUACCAUACAGAGACACAAAAAUCAUACACGCGAGAUAACACUGACCAAACGAAACAACAGAUACACAGGAAAGACAAAGUUGACCAUAUAGAUUCACAGAGAACAAAUACGGAAAACCACGUUGACCAUGAGUCACAAAGAACAUACCUGAGAAAAAUAGAACUCGGGCAAGAAAAUAGAUUCAGUCUAGAAGCACUUAUAGUGAAACAGACUGAAAGAAUCGACCAACUCAUUUCACAACUCAGCACAAUGAUGAACCUCAUCAUGACAAUCAUCAGUAGGCUUCCACAAUGA